CCUCCUUGACGCCGUCUUGUUGGUGAACGGACGGGCGGCUGCUCCGUUGCUGCGGCCGCCACCUCCAUAGCGACGGAUGCGAGGUUUCUCCGAGUGGUAGAGUUGGGCAUUAAAGGGCCGGGCAUUAGAGAGGCAACCAGCGGCGGGGCUCUCUCGGCCCGCAGUCCCGGCACUGAAGGAGGAAACGCGGCUGAAAGGCUCCGGGCCUCAGGAUGCAAAGGACUGACUGACUGCUGGAUGGUGCUGAUUACAGUGGAACAGGGAUGGCUACAAUUUAAGUGGCAGCUCUAAACGUAUUCCAGUAACAGCCAUUUUGCCAAGCAAUGGAUUUUUGCAGACAGUCAACUUCAACCACCCAGACAUAACAUUUGACACAACAAAGCACUUACAAGGAUAGAAUGAAGUAUAACCUCUAGCUGAUGCUACUGCUGCUAAAGGACUGCUGUACAGGAAGGUUCAUUUUUGGAAGAGUUGAAGUGGGAAUUCGCUCGUCACCAUCAUGCAUAAUAACGGCGAUGGUUCGCUCUCUCCUCGGGAAAGCUGUACAAAUGGUUGCGGCCAGCGAAACCCAGCUGCAGUCCGGCAAAGGACAGACAGUGGCGGGGAGUACAACACCGAAGAGGACUCCAAGAAAAUGGAACCGACUCUGGUGGUGAAAAAAGGCAACCGAGAAAUAUUAGACCACGAGCGGAAACGAAGAGUCGAGCUCAAAUGCAUGGAGCUCCACGAGAUGAUGGAGGAACAAGGGUAUACUCCAGAAGAAAUUCGCCAGAAAGUGGGGACCUUUCGGCAAAUGUUAAUGGAAAAGGAAGGUGUAUUGACCAAGGAAGAUCCACACGGACGUCAUGCUCUGAAGAGGAAAUCGAGCAGUUCUCCUUCACCACCGCCCAAGAAGAAAAAGAAGAAGAAAUCGGGUCACUACAAAAGUCGCAAAAAGAAGAAACCUGGAUCAGACAGAAGCUGUGGAAGUUCCUCAUCAUCACGGAAAGAGAGAAAGAAGAAGAGUGGGAAGAAACACAGGAGAGACAGGUCUGAUUCAGGCUCCAGAAAAAAGAGGAGGCAUAGGUCUACAACUCCUAAAAGCAAACGCAGAGACAGAAACAAACAAAGAAAGCGAUCACCCAGUGAAUCACCACCACGGAAGUCACACAAAGGACGGAGUUGCUGCAGCUCUCGUAGCAUCUCUGCAUCUUCAGUACACAGUUCCUCCAAAUCUCUGAGCAGCUGCCACAGCCCACCGUCUGAGCGCAGAACAUCAUACAACAAGAACAAGCAGAGUGCUGUGCCCAGGCAGAGCCCCAGGAACGAUACUAAUGGGCGGAAGCUAUGUUGUGCUCGAUCCAGUCCCAAUCAAUCCCCGCUGCGAGCCCGGCACAAAAGAUCAGUGACUCCCAGGCAGAACGGGCACAAGGGAGCUUCGUGGAAUGGCAGGCACAGUCCAAGGCACAGGCAUCCUCCAGACAGAUCACAGGAUAGCACGGACUCCAGGUCAUUGUCACCAGGAGCAGAACCCAGAUCUGCGUCGACAUCUCCCAAGGCCAAGGACUCCAAGCAGUCGAGGCAUGGCUCCAGGCAUUUCAGGUCCAGGUCCCCAGGCCGCAGCAGGAGAUCCUCCACCGAGGGCAGGCAUGCAAAGCACAGGUCAAGGUCAGCAUCCACACAUAGGGGCUCAAGCCGACGGAAGCCGACCCUACCAGCUCACAAAGGGUCUCCACGCUCUCCAAGCCAGUCAGACUUCAGCAGUGACUCUGCGGAAUCUGUCGGCAGUCGCUCACGGUCGCACCACGUGUCAGGGUGGAGUAAAAGCACGCGAGCAAAGAAGUUAAGGCAGACACCACACCGCCACCAUCGAAGCCAUUUCACAAGCAGGAACAAGAGCCGCACUCGGUCACCAGGGAAACGUGAACAGCCUAGCAGCCACAACUCGGACAAGAAGAAGAGCUCUUCCUACAGCCCUCGCCGCAAGAGCAGCUCCAGGAGCUCUAGCAGGUCUCUGUCAUGCUCCUGCUCCCGAUCCCAUGACAAGAGAGAUGGGCGCAGCAAGUCACGGUCAUCGCCUCACAAGGAGCUGUCCAGAGAAAGAGAUGGUGACAUUGGAGCAAGACAUCAUGACUCUGAGGCUGAGAGACAUCGUCGCCGCUCCAGAAGCUACUCACCAAUUCGGAAAAGGAGAAGAGACUCCCCCAGUUUUAUGGAACCUCGGCGAAUUACAAGCUAUUCAGAUGUAUACCUAAUUCUUCAUAUCGUUUGCUGAAGAGUGCUGACGCCAAUGGUGGUUACCCGGGUAACUACCACUCUGCAUUGGAUUGACGCUGUCCCACCUUGAAACCGUUUUGUGAGGUUGUUAAAGAAGAGCAUCCCAUGUCUGUACGGCCAACAUUUCUUUCUCCUUCUCACUCUCUUUCUGUCUCUCUCUCUCUCUCUUUAUUGAGUCAAAUAGGUUCAACACAGCACAAGCAUCUCUGCUGAUGGAGCUUGUUCAUCUAACCUAUUGUGCAAAAUGUUUAACAUGUACUCACAACUCAGCUGAUGUCACCGUGCUGGAUUUCAGGGCUGCUCCCUAUCUUCCAAUGCUGUUCCUGUCCAAUUUUAUCCACAAUUUCACAUAAUCUUGCAAGUUUCUACAAAUCAAAUAAAUUGUGUGGAUAACAAUAUGGUAAAGCAUUGGGUGCAAGUAGCAAAGUGUUACCUUAGUUACUCAAAACCUUAUUAAAAUUGUUGAUUAAGAAUUACAUCAUGUUGAGGGAAGAUUGAGCAGUAAGCACACUAAGCUUUAUUUCUAGAAACUAAAUUCAUCCCAGUGAUAGUCUACACUGUCCAUUGCCUGUAAAUGUUGAACAGACAUCCAACUCAAAUAUCUUUAUUCUCACCUAACAUGUUAGAUUAAAAUGAUGGCUAUUGACGUUUACCUCUUGACAUUAUAAAAAAAUUCUCAUUACCUUAUUUUGAAAAUAAAUUGUAAUCAGUGAUUUGCUAAUGAUCAUAUUGUGAAAAUCAAUUGGUUAUUUGGCCCAAUCUGACUAAGCAUCUGCUAACACAGACAAAAUAGAAUAAUAAUCUAUUUCACUGGGAUAUUUAUUUGAUUGGUCCAUAUUCUUGGAAGGUAACUCUUCAUGUAUUAUCAAAACUAAAGGGCAGAUUGUGGAGAAAAGCGUAUCUUACAUGGACAUCAUCUGAGUUUGAUGCAAAUUUGCCAUUGUAUCACAAGGAAUCCUUGCUACUUUGCUAACAGCAGCCUACAGCAGCCUACACAGCCAACUAACAGAUUGUGGUCUUGUACUUUAGGACUACAAGUUGAAGAAGGGCUGCUCACUGGUGAACCAAAUUCCUGAGAACCCCCACUUUUGAAAACUGAAGAAAGUAAUCCUGCAGAUAACCCCCUGCCAUGCCAUGCCACAUCUUGUUGGUUCAAGCAAGAGUGUGAUUUCAUAUGACCAUAUUGUACUGCUGGUAUUGCCCUACUAAUGACAGGAGAGUAAAUGCUACUUUAACUCUUCUGUCAAAUGCUGCAAAUCCUGCUCACACUUAACAGCAGUAUAUGAGCUAUCAUUUUAAAGAUCCAUCAAACCAUUUGUGUGUAUGCUUUACUGUACUGUACACCAGUUCCAGAAUGUGGGCAGCAAUCAGCCAUACUUUUAUUUGAACUGUGCACUGGAAUUAAGAAUACAAAUGCUGUCAGCAGGAGUUCUAACCUGCAGAAGCUUCCAGUAUUGUUUUAGUGAUGUUCCCAUUGCUGGAAGUAUAUUGAGUUUGUCUUUCCAGUGGAACAGAGAUCCGCCCCAGUCAACUUGGUAAGUCACUGAAAUUGCCCUCCAUUCCCAAUGAGCAGACCUUUCCUUGUCUAAUCUAACAUGCCUACUAACUAUCAUUCUAUUCUGUUCACCUCUUGCAGACUUGGGGUACCUGACUUUCUCAGAAGGUUAGCACAGCUCGCAACUAACCAUUUUCUUGCUUGGAAGUUUAAGCAAUGGGAAACUUAACCUAUGUUUUCUCAAUAUGAAAAAUUAGCUUUCAAUGCACUCUUCUCUUGCAGUGAUAUAAUACGGGCAAUGUUUCGGUGUUCUCCACACAGAAUUCAUUCCUCAGUUACUUACUGAAGUCAAUAUUUUUGAUUGGAUAUAAUUAACUGGGUGCACAAUUAAUUUUAAUAUGCUUCUUAUUUUUGUGAAUUUGUAAUGAGUUUUCACAAAACGUUGACUUCCCUUUCAAGACACAUUGGUAAUUCUGAAAGGUGCGGGUGAGGAAUUUGAGGAGGUGGUAAGUUACCAUGGUAACAAGUGUUGUGGAGAAGACUGGCACUGAUGUGAUGUAGGCUGCAGAUAAUCUUGGUCUCACUAUAUUUAUCUGUUUCUGAUCAUUUGACAAAUCUGAUUAGUUUAUAAAACUGUUGAAAGCUAACACAUAAAUUAAGAUUUUGUUAAUCUACUAAUCGGGCUUUGAUAAAUUCUGAUCCCACUCAUUCUGAGUAAAUAGAUUCUGAAACUAAUAAUGAUUUUAGUACCACUGUACUUAUGAAAAAAUGUUACCUCCACUAACGAUGUACUUAGAUGCCUUUCAAUUAUUUAAUUUUGUUUUACAUGAGCUCUGUGUAACUUUUGGGAGGCUUGUUAAGUGCAAUGCCUUUGCACACGGGUGGGUUUUAUUUUCUAAAUAUAAUCCAGUCUUUUGGCAAGUCUGACUCGAGCCAGCCACUAAUGUAAAAACAGAUAAAAGCAAAAUACUACAGAUGCUGGAAAUCCAAAAUAAAAACUGAAAAUACUCAGCAGCAUCCGUGUAGAGAGAAACCGUUAACUUGUUGAGUCCCCUUGACUCCUCUUCAAAAUGGAGUUUAAAAGCAGAGUCAGCACCUAGUCUAAAGCUGAUCAAAGAUUUCAAUAUGAGAAUCUACACUGUGGCCCAGCUCCACUUCACUUUAGACAAUACACCAAGAACAAUUUAUUUUGGAUGGGCAGAACCAAAGAUCCCGAAAACAAUACAAGUUAAAGAAACAAAAUGUUGAUCCAGAGGAGAUGUGAGUUAAAAAAAGAAAACAAGAAAAGGAGAAAAACCAAGAUUAAGGCCAAAGCUUAAAAUUCUGUGUCUAAUAGGUGGAAUUCUGGUUUUCGAUCGGAGGUAAGGUUAAUUGAUGGAAUUCUGAGUCAGAGUAGGGGAAUUCUGGGUUUGCUUGUUGGCUGCUCAGUGGUUACACCACUGGACCAGUAAUCCAGGUGUUUCUACCAAUCAUCUGAAAAGCAAUCCCAAGAAGAUAGCUGGAGGAUUUUAAAAUACAAUUAUCUAAAUACAUUUUGGAAAAGGAGGUACUGGUAAUGGUGACUAUGACUCCAGUCUGCUCCUCUGACUUGUUUGCGACUCUGGCCCACAACAACUGCCCUCUGAAAUGGCCUAGCAAGCCACUCGUUGCACCAAAUCACUAAGUGUGAUAUGAAGGAAAUACAAACCGUUGAAUAUUAAGUAAGGAACAGUAAACAACAAAGGCAUACCCAGCCCAGUUGAGCCUGCAAGGUUUAUGAUAAGAUCUGGGUACUUGUGCUGAGAUUGGGAGAGCUGUCAGUCAGAGUAGCCAAACAGUUUUAUGUAGUCAUACUCCAAAAUCAUACCUGUCAUUCAAAAUCCCAGGUAUCUUUAUCACCAUUCUUGGGUAUAUACUAUUUCAGUGGUGGGACAGGCCCAUCAGGGGGGGAAGGCUUUCUGGUAUACAAUCAGAGUGGAAUAGUCCAGGCAACUCUCAACAUUGAUGCCAGAUAUCAUGAAGAUUCAAUGUAAGACACAAAGAAACCUCCUGCUGACUACCAUCAACAGCCUUCAUUCAGCCUAUACGUAUUUCUCUAAAUGUUGAGCAACACUUGGAAGAAACAUUGAUGAUAGCACUGACGCACAAUGUCUGCCACUCGGGAUGACUCAGUACCCACUGCUGUUGACCGAGUUGGUUGAUUCCUGUCGAGCACAGUAGGUUUGCAGCAGGUUAUGAGAAUAGACAUGAAGGAAAAGCUGUACCAAUUACAUGGUACGCUGCAGCAACUCACCAACUAUCGUUCGACAUCGCCUGUGCCUUCUAUCACCCAGUAAUACAGGAGCAUCAGAUGGAUGGGAAGUUCACCUCCAAGCCACGCGCUAUCUUGGCAUGAAACUAUAUCAGCAUUGCUUCAUCGAGGCCAAAAUGCUGGAACUCCUUUGCUGACAGCUGUCCAGGUGUACCCACACCAGGCAGUUCACCACCAGCUUCUCAAAGGCAAUUGACAGUGAGCAAUGAGCCCUACUCUGUAUUGCCCACAGCCAAUGAAUGAAAAGAAAAAGAUCACUUCUUUACCGAUGGUAUUU